CAUUCCUCCGCUGGCUGCCGUCCGCCAAGCUAUGUGUGCCGACACACUAGCCUCCGCGCGCGCCGCGGCUCGCUGUUCGCCCGCUCGAGCGUCCCGGGCCCGCUGCGAGGGCCGUGUCGCCAACGCUGGACCGCGCUAGCCGGUGAGGUGUAUGGUGGAGCUCGCCGGGCGGGGGGCGGGGAGGCAGGUGGCGUCGCGCAGGUGCGGCCCGCGCCCGGCCCGGGGCCGCAUUCGCAGCGCGCGGAGGCGCGGGCUCGCCGAGGCGCGCGCCCGCCGGCCUCGACGCGCUCAUGGAGCCGCCGUGGGAAGUCGAGCUCGAACUGCGGCGGCACAUCGAGAACUGCGCCUGCACCUGCGACCACAUGGGCUACGGGAACUAUAUGGACUACCAGGUGGCGCCAGCGGCACACGCCUGUGUUUGCCGCGCGAUCACAUCUCCGCACGCCCACGCGGCAGUACCAGAAGGCAUGACCUUUCCCGGUCCCCUGCCGGACGUAGCAGAACGUUGUGGACGGUGGGCUCCAGACUCUCUAUCGGCGUCAGCGUCAGGCAGCUCAGACGAAAAGCCAACACCUCGACGGCCACGUUGGCGAAUCGCUUUAGCUGCUCUGGUCGUCCUUGCCGCGCUAGGAGCCGCACUUGCAUUGCCGCUCGCUCUCGGCGGCGGCGGACGUGCAACGCCAGAACAGCGACUCACAACUAUACGCCGUAUGCUCAGAGACUCUCCAUUGGUUGACGGCCACAACGAUCUUGCUUGGAACGUACGCAAGUUUCUACAUAAUAAACUUGUGAAUUUCAACUUGAGUGCUGGUGUUGAAACCAUUGAACCGUGGGCGAAGUCGCGCUGGUCGCAUACUGAUAUUCCGCGUUUGAGACUCGGUCAAGUGGGUGCUCAAUUUUGGUCAGCUUACGUACCGUGCGGAGCGCGGGAUCGUGAUGCCGUACAGCUGGCACUAGAGCAAAUGGACGUUAUUAAACGUAUAGUAGAAAUGAAUCCUGGUCAUCUUUCUUUCGUAACGGAUGCGGGAGAGCUUCUUGAUGCACAUCGAGAUGGUCGGAUAGCUUCUUUAAUAGGUGUAGAAGGAGGACACGCUCUUGGUGAUUCAUUAGCGGUGCUCCGAGCAUUUUAUCAACUUGGAGCCCGAUAUCUUACCGUUACUCAUACUUGUGAUUCGGGGUGGGCUCGAACUGCCGGUGUUGCUGGUGGACUGACUGCCUUUGGAAAAGCUGUAGUGCGUGAAAUGAAUCGGCUUGGUAUGAUUGUAGAUCUAUCGCAUGCAGGCGAAGAAACGGCGCGGGACGCUAUAGAGACAUCGCAAGCUCCAGUAGUUUUUUCUCAUUCGGGUGCUGCUGCACUCUGCAAUUCAAGUCGAAACGUUCCAGAUGAAUUGUUGCGUAUGAUCGCAGCGAAUGGCGGUGUUGUAAUGAUUAAUUUCUACGCUAAAAUAGUUGCCUGCGGAGAACGAGCAACAGUGGAAGACGUAGUAGCGCACAUUAACCACGUGCGACGAGUGGCAGGCGUGGAGCAUGUAGGUUUAGGUGCGGGGUACGACGGCAUUGAUGUGCCACCUGAGGGGCUGGAGGACGUGUCGCGGUAUCCCCAUCUUCUGGCGGAGUUACUACGCGACCCCGACUGGAGCGAGGAAGACGUGCGCAAGCUGGCCGGCAUGAACGUGGUGCGCGUGAUGCAGAAUGUGGAGCGCGUUCGCGACCAGUGGCGACGCGCUGCCGUCUUGCCAGGAGAGGAGACGCCCACAGAUCCGCGCACGCACAACUGCGUCUACAAAUAUGCGUGACGCAGGCCUCGUGUCGCGUACUCCCGCGGCCCACCUCGUACUGCUCAAUAUUGACACUUGUUGAACGUAGUUAUACAUGUAUAUUAGUGUCCAAAUGUGAUUUAGCGAUUAAAAUAAUCUCUACCUGAACCUAUGCACAAAUCGUUUAGCUAUAAAGGUGCGGCGUGCUGGGCGCUUCGUAUCGGUGUCGACCGCGGCUGCCGCUAAACACUUCCAUCCAUGCACACGACUUCGUUGACGAAAGCCCAAUGCGAUCCGCGAUUUAUAAAAAAUGAAACAUAAUAUAAAAGGAUGUGUUUAUAGACAAAAUAAAUAUUCUUUAUUUAUAA